AAAAAUUUUCUUAAGAAAGUGUAGGGAUUUAGUGUCUUGCUCGGCCAUGCAAAUGCAGGGAUGGUGCUCUGCAACGCUUUGGCAGUGCUUGCCUGACAGACUCGGGGUUUGCUCUUGAUUUCACCGUGGCUGUUCAGUACUGUGAGCAGAGUGUUGCCUCUCUCUGCAGAGGAAUCAUGACACUGGCUUUCACUGUAGCGUUCUGGUACCUGCUGGUGAAAGUGUGUGAGAACUUAAGUUUUCCAGUAACUCCGUUUCAGCCUGUACUGGCUGGCUUUAGUUUCUGAGCAAACUGGGGUUUCCUGCAUCUUUAUGAGGUAAUGUAACAAAGUUUAAAAUUGUUGUGUAGUCUCCACUACUGUAACAGAUUCUGUAUUUGAGUCUAAUGGAAGUGAAGCAGACUGACUUUCAAAGCUGUUUUCCAAUGAAGAAUAAGACACAUGCACCUUUUAUUGUAUGCUUGCUUUACUUCACUGUUCAAGUUCUGGCCAAACUGUCUAUAUUUCUUUUGAUUCCCCUGGGCACUUUUUUAAGCUGAGUUCAGACUUUCCCAAAGCCUAACACACCUUGUGAAUUAAAUCUAUAUGGGGUUGUUUGUGAGUGGUUAGCAUUUGGAGGAGUGACCAUCUGAAAUCCUGUUUUGUGAAGAAAGGAACUAAUUGCUUCCAUAGCUGUUUAUUUUGAGAAACAUGGUAGUUUCCAUAAGUGUUGUGUUACUCUGUUAUUAGACUACUAGAAAGGUAACUUAGUUCUCAUUUAGGGGCUUUUUUGGAUGGUUUUUGAUUCAGGAAUCAGCUAUACCAGAGACUGUUCAGAACAGUACUGAGCUUAACAAAAGUAUGGACAGAGGGAGUUUGCACGUAAACACAGGCUUGUGCUAGCUGGUUUUAAUCAUGCUGGCAGUUUUAUGUACCUGUUAGAGGUGAAUCUAACAGAAUGAGGUGUUGAACUGAGUUGGAAAGGGUUUUGAGAUGACUGUAAGUGUAAAAGAUGCCAUAAAUAAAGUGCAUUUUAUCCCACUGGAGAAGCUGCAAGCAAAAUGAAACAUGAUGCUGCAACAGAAAUAUUACCAGAAUUUUCUGUUGUGCUGUAGCAUCUCUUAGGAUCUGCAUAUCAACUCUUUGCUAAUCUUCCAUCUGAGUCCAUGACAGUCACUUGCUCUGAGAUAUCAGAACUUUGUGUUUAUAUGCAGCAAUCUCUCUACUUGUACUCUCCAGUGUGUCUUAAGUUUUAAAUAUAUUCGAGUGAGCUUAGAAACAAAGAGUACAAAUCAACUUAAGCAAAGAUUAUUGUUUGGUGUAUUCUUCUAUGGAUAAUAAUAAUAUGGAUAAGAAUUCAGCUUUGUAGUUCUCUGGAAACCAGGAGUUCACAAAAGAAGAGUGUAAGUAAGAGUGAUUUAGGAAAUGAUCUUUUUGACACAACAAGUACUUGAACAGUAAGUCUGUGCUUGUUUAAUGUUCCAUUCAAGGGAAGCUUCAAAAGAAAGCUUCGAAAAACUAUCACUUUAUGUGAUCAAGCAGUUACUUGCAAUUUUACCACCAACCUUGAAGCCUAUUGCUUUGUGUCAUUAAUUUCUUCGGUUUUAGUUAACAGUCAUGUCUUUGCAAAUUACUGCUAUGAGGUAACAUCUAGGUGAUCAGAUUCAGGAGUAACAUUUUCAACAGUUUUCUGCUUACUGUAGUGCUCUGAUUUAUGUAAUAAAUGUUAUGGUAAAGAGCUUUUAAACAUUAGUUCUAUGUACUGCAGCCAAAGUUUAGAAAAAUCUAGUUGGUACAUAAAGACUUACUUUAUAUAUCAUUUCCAUUAAGCUCCAAGUGUUCCUUUAAGUAUCAAGUAGAAACAUUCUCCCAGUCAUCCGUUCUGUGGUUUAAAGGAGUUGUUUUAAAUUUAUAUAUGUCUAUGUAAGUCUAUGAUUUUAGUGAGUAAAUUCCAUGGAGAAGUGUGUCAUUAGGUAUAUUUUCUGUCACCGGGAGGAUGCCUGCAUGGCAAAACAGACUGCAUGUAUGAGCUGAAAAUACACAAGAUUCUAUUUUUAUUAUUCAAUGUGUGUGUUUCUGGGAAAACCUUUAGUGCAAUUGAUUUUUAAGUCUAUAAAAACCAGUGGUAUCUGAUUGUCUCACCUGAGGUAAAUAUAAAUAAUUUAGUCUCCUUCAUGAUUCUUCAUGAUUCAGAGUUCCUGAGAAGAUGGCUGCUUGAAUUCAGGAAGAAUUGAUGCAAAACCCAGUGCUACAUAUCUACAUAGUACUGCUUAUAUUAUUAUAAGUGGUUGUAGUUCUCCAGUUGGUGAGAGAGUUGCCUUUUUGUUCUUCUUUUUGUUUUUUUUUUGUUAAAUGACUGCGAUAUUAAAAUGUGUUUUCUAGCCAUAGGGAAGCUUGCUGUACAUGGGGGACCCUGUGUCCCCUGCAUAAGGGCAUCCAAGGGCACUGUAUGUUGACUUUCAAAAGAGAAUAUAAUACUUUACUGUUAUGAGAGGUAUAAACUGGUAAAAGAGGAUGUGAUCUGUUUCUGCCCUCUUUUCAAAGAUUAUUUAAAGAGAAAUAAAAUAUUUUGAAAUGCCCCUAGACUGUGUCAUUAUCUGGUGGCAGUUUUUCCUUUGAUACCACCAGCAUUAGUUGUUGUGGCUGCUGCAGUCUGAAGACUAAGGCAAGGGCAGACUGAAAGGAGUGAGAGUGAUAAAGAUUUUUGCCCUAAAACUUCCUUGAUCACAGCUGAUAGGGUUACCUCCUAGGUUAAAAUUCUCUUGAAUGAUGAUACAUUUUUGCAAUGAUGUCUUCUCACAGAUGGUGUAAAUUGGGUGACUACUGAUUCCUAAAAAAUGCAAGGGAGGAGUGCACUGAUUUAUACUAAUACUUGAUUCUUUUCUUGCUUUUUCUCUGUAGUCAGAGCAGUGAUGUAUGGAGUAUCCAUUCUUGGUGUCAUGGAGCACUUUUUUUUGUUUUGCUCUUAAUUUUCAUUAUGGUCCUCCUAACUUCUCUAUGUAUUUCUGUUUUCAGACAUAUGCUACAACAGUAACGAUUUGUAACGUGUGUUUUUUCCCCAAGGAACUGCUGUUGCUGAGCUAACUAAAGAAAAUGCAAGGGAUCUUUUCUCACACCUUUGUGUGAGUUAAAAUAAACGUAAUUUGUAUCAUUCACCUGUCUGUGAGAACAGUGAAUCACACACCAGUGAGGGAAUGAAAUGAAACAGGUGCAGACUUAGAAGCAGAAACUAAUACGCCGUUGGCAGAGACACAGCUUCGUGUUGUAGUUAUAUGAUGCUUCCCUGCUCUACUGUAUGAUGUCAGGAAAAUUAAAUACCCAAUGUGUUUUGUCACCAUCUAUUCUUGGGGUUUUAAGUGAAAUAAGAGCUUUCAUAGAGCAUAAUUUCUAAAGUAAGUUUCUUCUGAAAUCUGAUGAGAAAUGUUAAACGCAUGUCACUCUCACGUUCACAGGUUACUCCCAUGAACGCUUUUGUUUGAAGACGUAGGGCUGCGAUCCGCUGCUGGUAAAUUGGUGCUAUGGUCUGCACUUGCUGCAUAAGACCCCGAUGAAUAAAUGUAACGCAGACGCGAAGAGAAUUGAUACGGCUCUUUUGAGUGUGACUGGAUCAUCUACAGAAAUAGAUAGGAGGCUCCACACAGAGCCCUGCUAAGACUUAGUGAACUUGGUGUCUGGUUCUGGCCUGGGCUUUAAAACUAGACAGCCCUCAGCCAAUUUCUUGGAUACGUAAUAUUUCUGAAAACCUUAAACACUUUGAUCUGCUUAGGCAGGAAGGUUCAGAGAGAACCAGUUCACAGAUGGGUGCCCAGAGCUGGACUUGAAUGUUGCAGGACCUCAACCUAACAUUACACUGUCCCACAGUCAGGGGUGGAAGCUAAAGCAAGACAAAACAAUGACAGUACCUACAAUUUCUGUGGUUUGUCUUAGUCCUCACUGCCCCCCAGAUGCUUAAGUUAGCGUAAUACAAAUAAAAUUGUCCUGAUUCUGGACUACUGUACUGAGGUCUUGGACCUGAAGGGUACAGGUUACCUCCGUAUGUGCUGAAAUACCAUGGGAGGUGCUGGACAUGACCUCUGACUACACAUUAAUUUUUUUUUUUUUCACCUCUGCUAGUUUUAUAAAGAAUCGUUGGGUGAAUUAAAGUAGUUACAUUGUCGUUGCUUUGGGAAGCAAAGCUUCCUUAUGCCUCUCUGGUUAACUGCAGGGAUAAUUGUUUUCUAGAACAUACAGUGGAUGCAUCCAAAGUUACUUUUAUGUUUUAGAGUACCUUUCUGCUUCAGUUUAAUGCUACUCACCUCACACCAAGAAAAAAGGGUUUAGGGAGAUAUUUUGACUUGGAAGAAGCUGUCAGAAAACUGUGGGGGUUCUCAUUGGCCUUUUCAAACUGUAGUGAUCUUCCAGGACUGUUUCAGAAAUACUCCAACCAUAAAUCAUAUUGUCUUAAAAGAGCUACUGGCCUGACAGCAUCAAUAAGUAAUUGAGUACUGUUAUGGUACAAUACACCGCUGAACAAGAUUUUGGUUAAUUCCACUGGAAUUUGAUUAUGGAACUGCUAAUUUGAUUCUGUAUACAAAUAAAAUAAUACCUCUUGUGUAUGGGAAUAUAACCCAAAGAUGACUUUUAUCUUCUAGUGACACUGGGGAUUUAUGUGAAUAAAUAAGAUCAUUCUUCUAACCAUUAUUCAUCAAUAAAACAUUGCCAGUGGUGCCUGCUUCUCUGACGUGUGCCAUGCCCAGCUGCUUCCCCGUGCCUUGUCUUCCCCAGCCCGUGCAUGGCACUCGGUGUGUCUGCUGCCGACCCCAGCAAAAUUGCUGCUGUCUCGGUGCCAUCCCUGCUCCAGCCCUCCUGCUCCCAGGUGGGGUGUUCAUGGGUAACCAUCAGUUCCAGGACCUCUUCAACUAGAGAUUUCAGAGUUUGGCUGGAAGCCAGAGAAGGGUUCCCUUCUGUCCGGUGCUGCCACUGUUCAAAUGCUUGUUAUUUAACUCCAGCUUUCUGUAGGUGUUCUCAAGAUCACAGGAGGCACACGUCUUCAGUGGAAGAAACUAAGGUGGAAAAGUAGUCACAAGUGUGUGCUGUAGCUGUUCACUUUUUUUAAGAGUAGAUGGGUGCAGAAACUCACUGUCCACUGUUUUCUGGGCUGUUUAGUGUACUUGAUCUGUUUGCUUUCAGAGCAAUACUGUGUGUUCCUUGAUCCCUACUUCUGGUUGUUACUGGUUUUCUGCUCUGCUGACAGCCAGACUUCUAGACCUUUAACUCUGUCAUCCUCUCCACUCUCUACCAGGAUUUGUGAUGUUUACUCCUAACAGUUUAAGGAAAAUAAGCUUCUUUGUUUUCCAAAAGAAAGAUGAAACACCUCUGAGAAUGAGGAUGCAGAAUUGCUUAUAGAUCCAUAAGCCUGUGGAGAUAAUUAGAUGUUCUGACACAGUUGUGAUGUGCAAAGAUCGCUGAGGAUCCCUUUCCCCUUGGUGUCCCUCUUGUCCUGGUUCUUGUGCCUUCUCUGCUACGUGCUCACAGUCCAUUUUCAUUGUGUGGCCAUGUCCUAGGAAGCACAAAUUCAUCUAGAGAUGCUGUGACCAAAAGAAUUAUUUUUUUCUCUCCAUGGUAAGGCAUAAAAUGUCCAUCUUCCUUCUACUCCGUUGCCUAUCCUUAUUUCAUUCUUUCUGUCUGGACUAGUGCUCGUGGUGACAGUUUGUAUUUUAAUAUUUUGUCAAGAACUAAGUUGCUGGAGUAAGAGCCCUUAGGGAAGUACGGGGUGAGGAGGAAGGCCACUUUCUAUAUAUGACAGACUUUCCAUACAUUCUAGACACAAAGGAGCAAUUUCUGGUGGGAAGUUUCUGGGUUCCUUAGCUCCAGGACCUGAAGUGAUGCAGGAAUGGUGAGCAGUCACUUCUGGGCCUGCUCUGGUGGUUUGUGCACGGUCCUCAGACAAGGUGACGUGCCUGUUCACUUCAGGUCAACAAAACUUCUUCCUCCACUUAGGAAAUAGAAGCUUAAUCAGGAAUGUCCUGAUGUUGCCUCUGUGCAUAGCUGGGCAGGCAGUGACCCGUGCUGGGUUGUCUGUGAGAGGGGUGUCCCCACUGCUGACGCUUGUGUCUUGCUCAUGGAGCGGGUGCAUCUGCUGGGACACGAGCAGGGAUGCUCAGAGCAACAAGGUCAGUCUUGCUGUUGAGCUACACCACUGUUAGAUUGGGGGGGGGUUGUUGUGAUGUUUGAUUUCUGACCGAGGUCUGAUUUGCACCAGCUCACAAGCUCCGAGUUGUUCUGUAGCUUUGUUAGCUGGAUGCUCGAAGUGUCCUGCCAAAGCUGUCCUUGUAGAGAUGCUGCGAUCGCACCGCUUCUGUUAACCACCUUUAGUCCUUAUUUCCCUCAUCAGAUGCAAGACUGUAUAAAUCAUCUUUUCCCCUGCUUUGACACAACUGUAAAAGCUCAAAUGCAGUCUGGUUUACCCAUUUUAAUCUAUGACACGUUGGUAACUUGCAGAACGUGUUUAUCAACUCUGAUAACCUGAUCUUGAAUGAUCUGUGCGAGUUUUUGACAGUUUUCUAAAUCAGACUUAACGUUAGUCAAGUCAGGGAGCUGGACAUCUUGUUUCUCUGCUGAAAAGAAGUUCCUUUUGUGGAGGUUCCGAAUGUGAGUUUUAAGUGACAGCUGAUACAGUUCCAGUUCUUCCUUGUAGGCUUUUUAUCAUAUUCCUACCUGUUGGUUUUGGCUUUGGAGUGCCUGAAUUUUCAUCAUUUGAUUUAAAUUGUUCAUAUGUCCCAUUACAGCAUGUAACAUAAGACAUUAAUAGGAAAAAACAAUCCACUAGUAUGUUGUGAUACAUUGGACAUGCUUCCUGCAUCAGAAGUCAAUGGAUGAUGUUGAGAUCUGUUUGUCCAAUUGGAAAAGCAGAUUACUCUUUACACCAGUAGAAAUGGACAGCAGCAGUUUCAUUCAGUUCGAUGUGCCCGAGUACAGCAACACUGUUCUGAGCCAGUUAAACGAACUCCGCUUGCAAGGAAAGCUAUGUGACAUAAUUGUGCAUAUUCAGGGUCAGCCAUUUCGAGCCCAUAAAGCUGUCUUAGCUGCCAGCUCUCCGUAUUUCCGUGACCAUUCAGCGUUAAGCACCAUGAGUGGCUUAUCAAUAUCAGUUAUUAAAAAUCCCAAUGUUUUUGAACAGUUGCUUUCUUUUUGUUACACUGGAAGGAUGUCCCUACAGCUGAAGGAUGUUGUUAGCUUUCUGACUGCAGCUAGCUUUCUACAGAUGCAGUGUGUCAUUGACAAAUGCACACAGAUACUGGAGAGUAUUCACUCUAAGAUCAGUGUCGGUGAUGUUGACUCUGUCACUGUUGGUGCUGAAGAAAAUGCAGAAAAUCGCAACGGAGUUAAGGACAGCAGCUACUUUGCCAAUCCCAUUGAGAUAUCUCCCCCCUAUUGCUCUCAGGUGCGACAGUCCACAGCAGGCAGCGAUCUUAGGAUGGAAACGACUCCAGGCAAAACUCUGCGUAGUCGUCUGCAAGAGGAAGGGCAUUCGGAUCGAGGAAGCAGCGGGAGCAUCUCCGAGUACGAGAUUCAGAUUGAAGGUGAUCAUGAGCAAGGCGACCUGAUAGUAAGGGAAAGUCAGAUUGCAGAGGUGAAGGUUAAAAUGGAGAAGUCCGACAGGCCGAGCUGCUCCGACAGCUCGUCCCUCGGCGACGACGGCUACCACACGGAGAUGGUCGACGGGGAGCAGGUGGUGGCCGUCAACGUUGGGUCCUAUGGGUCUGUCUUACAGCACGUUUAUUCGUUUACCCACGCCGCAUCGCAGGCUACAGGCGUGUCUGAAACCUUCGGGAGCCUGAGCAAUACGAGUCCUUCACGGUCGAUGCUGAGCUGCUUCAGAGGGGGGCGCGCGCGCCAGAAGCGGGUGUCUGCUGGGCACCUGCACAGCGAUGUCCAGGGCUUGGUACAGGGGGCCGACAGCGAGUCCAUGGUCAGUAACCCAGGAUACGAAAACAGCCCACGGGAGAGAAACACGAGAGGUCACUGGUAUCCGUACAACGAGAGGCUGAUUUGCAUUUACUGUGGAAAGUCUUUCAACCAGAAAGGGAGCCUUGAUCGGCACAUGCGGUUGCACAUGGGAAUAACUCCUUUUGUCUGCAAAUUUUGUGGGAAGAAAUACACCCGCAAGGACCAGCUUGAGUAUCAUAUUCGCGGUCACACAGAUGACAAGCCCUUUCGCUGUGAGAUCUGUGGAAAAUGUUUUCCUUUCCAGGGUACACUAAACCAGCAUUUGCGAAAAAACCACCCUGGGAUAACAGAAGUAAGAAACAGGGUAGAGUCUCCAGACAGAACAGAAGCGUUUGUGGAACAGAAAGUAGAUAAUGAUGCUUCAGCUUCUGAAGCAAUGGAUUCUAGUAUGGAAAUUCAUGCAAUGUCUAACACAUCCGAUUAAAAUGCUACAUUCAAAGUGCAACGCAAACAAGCACAUUACUAAUGUAUUUUUAAAAUCUUUUAUUCUUUUAGUAAUCUUCAGUACAACAGCCUUUUAAUUUUCCUGACCUAGCGGAAAUCAGUUUGAAAUGGUUUCCAGAGAAGACUACACAAGUAUUCUUUGUUUUUGAAGGAGGCUGGGUUGUUUGGUUGUUUUUGUUUUGUUUUUUUUUACUUUUGAAGAAGCGCAAAAUAUAAGACAGUGUGCUGGGGAAGGGAAGAGUCUGCUAAAGUGUCCCUACUGGUUGAUCUGGCGACACCCAAAUUCCAGUGGUGAAAGAUAUUAGAGUGAGAUUGGCAGCUCUGCUGGAAACACCAAGAAGCUGUAAUCUCCCUCAUUUUGUUUCUUAAAUCCUGUUGCUGGUAAUGAGUUACGCAGCAGUGGGUAGAGAGAAUAUUAUAGCUUGGAUUCCUUCCGUGUGUCAUGAUGAAAUCUGUUUGCUUUUACUAACUUUUUGGUAGGUAGUCUGUUUAUAUAUAUAAAUUUGCUUUAUAUAUAUAAAAUGCUUUCCUACUCCGGUUGAGGUGAAUGUCAAGGUUUAUGCCAUGUACCACUCUUUCGACUGCUAGGUCUCUUCUCUGCUUAGGAUUUAGGACUUCGGACUUUGGGAGGAUGGUUUUGGUUUUAAAAGAAUGUUGUUUGGUUUUCAUUUUAUUAGACUAUUACUUUGUGUGCAAAAGUGAGCAAAGUGAAUUACCUUGUUUUAAUAGCUUUGCUUUAUAACAUAUGUAAACCAAAUGCCAUAAAUCUAUUAAAUUAUGGUUAAAUUGUUGAGGGGUUUUGUUAGUUGUCUGGAAUGCAAGCUGGACAACCUGUGGUGCUGACCUUUUUAUAUAUAUAGAGAUAGAUAUAUCUAUAUAUAUAUAUAUAAAAAAAAUAUUAGCAAAUCUAAAAGUAGCAUUGUGGUUUUAAAUGUGUUUUUACUGGCCUCAGAAUCUACCUUCAUUUCGUACUGUAGAACCAUACCAGGUAAUUAAAUUUAACUUCAUCGCUCUUCAUGGUUGGUUAAAACCUGAGAGAGAUGUUGUAGUUUAAACUACAGUAUUUCCAAGCAGUGUUUUAAUAGGUCUCUACACAGAGAGCUGUUUUCAGGUGCACAUUGACUUCCUACUUAAACCUCCAAGUGAUACGUCAGCACUUGGAAUUUGUACUUUUUUUUUGUAAAAAAAAAAAAAAGAAAUACUCUAUGGGAAUUUCAAGCAAUAUAUCUGUUAUUUCAUGUGUGAGUAUUACAGAGUUGCUAUGGCUUCCCUACUAUUUUCAGUGGUUGUUUUCUGCAUAAAGGAACUACCAACAUCUUUACAAAUACUCUAAAUCUUUUUGUUUCACCAAAUGCUUUUUUAAAUAUGGUGCUAACUUCAUCAUUUAGGUCAGUAUAAUAUAUAAAAUGUGAAACAUAAUGGUAACAGUUAAGAAAAAAAAAAAAAAGACAAAAAAAAAAAAGCAACAACAAACAAAAAAAACCCACCCCAAACAAACCAACCACACAAAAAACCCCAAUAGCUUAAAAGACCUCAAAAGCAUGAACUGGCAGACACUACUGUGUAAAAUUCUACCUGAUGAACAGAAUGAAACUAAUCACAUGCUUCUUUAAAAUACAGGUUUUUAUAUAAUUGGGCCUUAUGUUUAUUUAGCAAAUAUUGAAAAUACAUCUGUAGACAUGCUGUUUAACUCCUGAAAUUCAGAAAAUAAAACUUUGUUCCUAAGUUACAGGAAAGCAAAAAGGUAGGUUUGCUAUCUUGUAAAGCUUUUUUGGCUCCUGAGAAGUUGGGGCACAUUUGUGCAGUAGCUUUAUUAAAUACACUAGUUCUUAAUAUUGUGACAGUCUGCAAUAAGAAUUAAUUCCACUAAAUAUGGAUUUACAGUAUGAACCCUGCCUGCUCCCUGGGAGCAGUUUCAGUUAAAUUGAGCCCGUAAUUUGCCUCUUUGUCCUAAAACUGCCCAAAUAAAGAGGCAGAGGGUGGGGAGAUGUUUCUCUCCUCAAAGCGACAGUAGAACUGUUGUUUCCAGUAAGGGGAAGUAUAUGUCUGUGUCUAGGGAGGUAGCCUGUAUGUUUACCCACCUAAAAACAUGUUGGUGUUUCUGAUACUGUUCUUUUCCUAAAUGUUUGUUUUAAGUAAUUAAAUGAAAAAAAAAAAAGUGUUUUGAUAAAUUAAGUUUGAGACAUGCAAAAUCCAAGAAAUGUAGUUAUUCUUAACCCUUUAUCUUGGACCUGUGCUGUGGUGCCUUUGGUGUGACUUUUUCCAUGGAAGUAUGAGUUGAGGAUAGCAGGAUAUGGGUACUAAUUUUAUAUUUCUUGAAUUUCUCUGUGUCACAAUCUUAACAUUAUUUAAAUCUAGUUAUUUGUAUUUGUAAAUGUAUUAAAAUGGUUUGAGUUUACCAAAGAGUGACUUAUCCAAAAUUGUCUCUGACAAACAAAAACAACAACAUCGCUUUGAUUGUACAGGUUCAGGUUCAAAACAUUGUAACGGGACUGUUAAGGAGCAGGAAAUGAUCACUUUUUGUACAAAAUCAUGAUUCAGCAGUUUGCAAGUUGGGCUUGCUCCUGUUGGUGUGGAUAUGCCAUUGACCCUCCCCACUGCUAGCAGUGUCAAUAAUGAUCAAGCCAUAACACGGUGCUGUAGAGUCCCGCAGGGCUUCGAGGGACGCGCACGUGGGCGAGCGCGGAACGUCACCGAGCGUCACAGUGACAUUACAGCGCGUGUGACUCUGGUAGGAAACGAACUUCAGACCUGGCAGCAGCAAUUAAAUUGUGCCUUGUCGCAUAACGGUGUGCCAGGAUGAUGUUGUCAUGAAACAUGAGGCAUUACCUGAUGGAAGUUCAUUUCACAAGGCCACCAAAUCAGAGGAUGCUGUGUUAGUUCAAGCGAGUCGUGGAAGUACUGUACAGUGUCUUGUGUCUGUACAGUUUUACGUUAGCACAGAGCUGUUACACAUUUCAUUUACAAUAAAUGCAGAAGUCAAUAAAAUACGUGAAGAAAUAUUUGACAGCAAAAUAAAUCAUGAAAUUAUAUAGGCUGGUUCAUAAUUGAGUCUCUUCUUAAUCUACCUUUUGAUUAUAGACAAAUGUGAAAACAGUGACAGUGUCCUUUCCUCUAUAUGUUUAACCUAUUAUGACAAACUGUGAAAAUAAAGGAUUUUAUACCUUUGCUAAUGUUUGUGGUUUUAAACAGUUAUUCUAGUUUUCUUAAUCAGUUAUCUUCCAUAUUAUUUCUUUUAAACUUGUAAAUACAUUUAGAAAAUGACUUUGUAAAUACUUACAGUAUAUCAAAAGUUCAGUUUGGUCACUAAGGCCUCAAGAUUGGCUCUGCUUUUUUAGUGUGAAAUCUCUCGAUAGCAUAAAGGAUACUGUCAGUUCACUGUUCAGCAGAAUAUACUGUAGGCCUAAAUUGAUAGUUCUUAACGCAGUCUUCCCCGGCAUAAAUCCACGGUUUAUGCUGAAGCCUUUGGUUUUCUUUUAGACAAAGCAAGGAGGCCUCUUAAUACGUUUAGGCUGAAUUAUGGGAAGAACAGCAGGAAUAAAAUCAAGGGCUGGGAAAAGAUUGAAUGAGCUUUACCUUAAUAUAUAUAUAUAUCUAUAUCUAUCUUAUUUGAAUUUUUGUAUUAGUUUACUGUGAUUCUUUUAUUGUCAUUUUUCUAAACAGGUUUCACAUGAAACCAUUGAAAGGGACUCAAAUAUGCAACACCUAAUCUAUUUUCCAAGGGAAUUUUACCCUUGAAUGGUGCUUUUUGACUGGUCAGGGUUAUUUAUUAAAUUUUAUAUUUGAAAGUAUUUGGGGAAUUAUGUAAAUUCUUUAUAUGAAUCUGUUUAUUUCAUGAAUUGUAAAUUUCAUAAUACUCAGUGAUUGAAUUGGAAGUUUAGUAAAGUCAUUCAAAAUGUUCAAAGUUUAUAAUCUGUGUGCAUUUUACAUAUAUUUUAACAAGUGCCAGAAUAGUUGUAUUUAAUAUUGUAGAUUUAAUACUACUUGCACAUCCCUGUGACAGCAUUAACUUAAGUUAUGCAAGUUUACAUUUAAAAAAAAAAAAAAAGCUAAACAAACAAGUAAGCCUGGGACAUGUGUUCCUGUAUUUCUUCAGGGGGUGUAAAGCGAAGUAUCAGUAACUGAGCAGGUUUGCUCCCGGUUUACGUCAGUAACUCCUGGGGUGGUGGAUACAAUAAACUGCUGUCUCUCCAUGUACAUGUGCUACAGAUCCAGCCCGGGACUUGCCCUGCGAGCCCCCGGCUGCCGGUCGGAUUAGAGGUAGGGCUCUUGCACGAUUUUAACAGUGUUUGUUUCUGACUGAAAAAUUGUAUUUUUAAAUAACUUUUAUUUGUAUGGUUGUUUUUCAUGAUAAAUAAUUGAACAGUUUGAAUGACUUGACCUGGUGUCAUUAUCUUGCAAUAUAAACCGGUAACCUCACAACUCCACACUUCAUCACCAUAUGAAGUAAAUGAAGCUAGCUAAGCUGAUGCUGUAACAAUUAAUAACUUGCCAUUAAGGAUUAUUUUAUAGCAUGAAUUUUAAAAUAUUUAUUCAAAUGAUAUUUUACUCUUGUAUUCACUUUGUUUUUAGAUUUGUGACAUGAAUAUUUCAGUGCUGCUUUAUUUUGUUCUGAUGAAUUUGUUUCUUGCUUGUAAAUUGCUUUUUUUAUGGUAUAAAGUCAAUGGGAAUUGCUGUUUGUAAAUUAAAAUGCUUCUAGAGCAAA